GUGGAAGAGGAUGAGAAGGAGGAGGAGGAGAUGGAUGAGGGUGAGAAGGAGGAGGAGAAUGAGGAGGAGGAGAAGUAGAGCGAGGCUGAGAAGUAAAAUGACAAGUAGAAGAAGGAGGAGGAGGAAGAGAAUGAUGGUUAGUAUAUGGAGGUGUAUUCGAAUAGGCAGGAGGGGAAGAGGACUAUGGGAAUGA